GAGGCUGAAAGUUGAAGAUGGCAGAGCCUGAAAGCACAGUCAUAAACACCGAUGUGAAACAGAAAGACCCCAGUGAGGCACUAGUCAUUGCAGUGACCACCAGAGCUAUCUUCAACCUGGAGGAGGAGCACAAGCUCUACCUGGAGAAGGGCAAGGAGGCGUAUGCCAGGCACCAGCAGGCCAACCACGACAAGCCGUUGCCACCAGGCACAGCCUUUGCCUUCGUCCAGGUGGCGCAGUAUGUGAACGAGAAGAUCCUGGAGAGCAACCCGGCAGAGAAGGACCUCUUUGACAUCCUGGUCCUUUCCAACAACAGCCCGGAGAGCGGUGUGCGCAUCAUCAAUAGCGCCAAGCACUACGCCCUGGAGAUCUCCAAGUUCUGCUUCGUCAGCGACGAGGACUCCACACAGUACCUGAAGUCGCACGGCGUCAAGCUCUUCCUCUCGGCUGACAGGACAGAUGUCUGCAACGCCCUGCGCAGAGGGGUCUCGGCAGCGCUUGUCUUCCAUCAGGAGGUGCAGGCCCCCAGCAUCCCGCUCCGCGUGGCAUUUGACGGGGAUGCCGUGCUCUUCUCCGACGAGACAGACCAGGUCUUCCGGGAGCAGGGGCUGGAGGGGGCAGUGCAGUAUGAGCGGGCAAUGGAGGCCGUGCCAAUGGGAGAGGGUCCCAUGAAGGCUUUUGCCAUGCACCUUGGGAAGAUCCGCAAGAUGUUCAGCCAGGAAAAAUCCCCCAUCCGCACCUACCUGGUGACUGCCCGUGGUGGCCGGGACAUGGGCAUCCGAGCCAUCAAAACACUCCGGGAGUGGGGUCUGGCCAUUGAUGAGGCUUUCUUCAUGGAUGGGGCUCCCAAGGGCCCCAUCCUUGCCCAGAUCCAGCCCCACAUUUUCUUUGAUGAUGGCCUUCAUAACAUCCAGGGGGCUCAAGAUGUGGGCGUACCCUCUGCCUGGGUCCCUUCCUACUGCUGA